AUGACUUCAAACAAGCUCAGUCUCUAUCUUCUUCCUUUGAUCAUCGCAUCAUUAGCUGCGACAAACGUAGUGUACGCAACCAUUUUCACGCUCCAAAACCACUGCCCCUACACAGUCUGGCCCGGCACACUCUCCGGUAACGGCGCCGCAGUUCUCGGCGAAGGCGGUUUCGCCAUGUUCCCCGGUGCGGAAAUCCAGCUCACCGCCCCGGCCGGCUGGUCCGGCCGCUUCUGGGCACGAACCGGCUGCAACUUCGACGAAGCCGGAAACGGAAAAUGCGUCACCGGCGACUGCGGCGGCGCCCUGAAAUGCACCGGCGGCGGCGAACCUCCCGUCACCUUGGCCGAGUUCACCGUCGGGUCGACACUAACCGACAAGGACUUCUAUGACGUCAGCCUCGUGGACGGUUACAACGUCGGCAUGGGGCUGAGGGCCACCGGCGGAGACGGUGACUGCCAGUACGCGGGUUGCGUGAGCGACUUGAACACCAACUGCCCGCCCGAGUUGCGGGUCACGGAUUCGGGUUCGGGCGUGGUGGUCGCGUGCAAGAGCGCGUGCGAGGCGUUCAACGCGCCCGAGUUUUGCUGCACCGGCGACCACGCGACCCCGCAGACUUGCUCUCCGACUCAAUACUCGGCCAUGUUCAAGAGCGCUUGUCCCACGGCGUAUAGCUACGCUUAUGAUGACGCUACUAGCACUUGUACCUGUACCGGGUCGGAUUACUUGAUCACGUUUUGCCCCACCGGGUCAUCAUGA